GGGCUCGCGGAGGCGUCCGCGCUGCCGAGCGAGCGCUGGGGUUUCGGGCUCGUGGGGCGCGCGCCGUCACCAUGGCCGUUAAACGGACCGCCCGUCGAUGAGGAUCCCUCAUUGGGGAUGCGCUCUUCGGGGACGGCGAGCCACAGCGCACAGGGGACACGAUGUCAGCAUGACUUUCAGGAACAAGGGAACUCAAAGAGAAGCAUGAUCAACACAAGAGAAGGAAGGCUUUAUAAAUAUAUAAGCAGGAUGGUGGACUGGGAUGGGAGACAGCUGGAAGAAGCAUGCAGGCAGGUCUGCCUGGCCUCUGCCAUCUGUGUGGCCAGAAAUGCAUAUAACAACUGCUGACCAGUAUUAUCCUGCUAGUUAAGAGUGUUAAUCUGGAGAACAGAGUUGGGGCUGUGUGAGCACUGCUAAAGAUGUCUGAUAGUGGUGACAUUGAAGAGAAACCGCCUGCUCCGCCCAUGAGAAUGAACAGCAACAACAGAGACACCUCCACAGUGAACCACGGAUCCAAACCUCUCCCAAUGGCGCCAGAAGAGAAAAACAGGAAGGCACGACUGAGAUCUAUCUUUCCUGGGGGUGACAAGACCAGCAAGAAGAAGGAAAAGGAGAGACCAGAAAUUUCAUUGCCCUCUGACUUUGAGCACACAAUACACGUUGGCUUUGAUGCACUUACAGGGGAGUUCACUGGGAUUCCUGAACAAUGGGCCAGACUGCUCCAGACCUCCAACAUCACCAAACUGGAGCAGAAGAAGAACCCCCAGGCUGUGCUGGACGUCCUCAAAUUUUAUGACUCCAAAGAGACAGUCAGCAACCAGAAAUACAUGAGUUUCACUUCUGGAGGUGAAGACAAAUCGGCACAUGGUUACAUUGCACCUAACACCGUGAAACGCCUCCUGUCAGCACCAUCUCUCAGCUUUAGAACCUGCAGCACAGUGUUUGACAAGGGAGCAAAACCAGCCUCUGACCCCCCUCUUGCUCCGCCGGUGUCUGAAGAGGAGGAGGAGGAGGAGACGGAAGAGGAAGAGGAUGAGGAUGAAGAUGAUGAUGAGCCACCCCCGGUUAUUGCCCCCCGACCAGAACACACCAAAUCUAUCUACACACGCUCUGUCAUGGAGACAGCUGCCACCCCCACUCCUGUGAAGGACGUUGUCAUCUCUCAGGAAUCAGUGACACCUAAGAGCACAGCCAGCAGCCUGUACCGUCACACCGACCGGCAGAAGAAGAAGUCCAAGAUGACGGAUGAGGAGAUCCUUGAGAAACUGAGAACCAUUGUGAGCGUGGGAGAUCCAAAAAAGAAGUACACGCGCUUUGAGAAGAUAGGACAAGGAGCAUCUGGUACUGUGUACACAGCCAUUGACAUUGCCACUGGACAGGAGGUGGCAGUCAAACAGAUGAACCUGCAGCAGCAGCCCAAGAAAGAGCUGAUCAUUAACGAGAUCCUUGUGAUGAGGGAAAACAAAAACUCCAAUAUUGUCAACUACCUGGACAGUUACCUGGUGGGAGACGAACUGUGGGUGGUGAUGGAGUACCUGGCUGGUGGGUCCCUGACUGAUGUGGUCACAGAGACCUGCAUGGAUGAGGGCCAGAUUGCAUCUGUCUGCCGAGAGUGUCUGCAGGCACUGGACUUCCUGCAUUCCAACCAGGUCAUUCACAGAGACAUCAAGAGUGACAACAUCCUACUGGGCAUGGACGGCUCUGUCAAACUAACGGAUUUUGGUUUCUGUGCCCAAAUCACACCUGAGCAGAACAAGCGUAGCACCAUGGUGGGCACACCCUACUGGAUGGCACCCGAGGUGGUAACUCGCAAGGCCUACGGCCCUAAGGUGGACAUAUGGUCACUGGGUAUAAUGGCCAUCGAGAUGGUGGAGGGAGAGCCACCAUACCUCAACGAGAACCCACUCAGGGCCCUUUACCUGAUUGCUACCAAUGGAACACCUGAACUUCAGAACCCGGAGCGACUGUCUUCUGUGUUCAGGGAGUUCCUCAGCCAAUGCCUGGAGAUGGACGUGGACAGGAGGGGUUCUGCCAAGGAGCUGCUGCAGCAUCCAUUCCUUAAGUUAGCCAAGCCACUCUCUAGCUUGACACCCCUAAUUAUAGCCGCAAAGGAGGCCAUCAAGAACAGCAGUCGCUAGGAGGGCCUGUGGGGGGGGUCGUGGGGAAGCGAGGCUCCCCAAAGCACACUUGACCUCCUUUUUUGACUGAGACCUGUCCGGUGCCAGCAGUUUGAGCCACAGGGACAAUAACACCUCUCUCUCGAAAUGAAAGACGGGGGUUUACCUGAGGCUUGGACGCUUAAAAAAGCAGAACUCGUCAGGCAGAUGGAGCCUAGCUUUGCGGAAGCCAUGCGAAAGCACAGGAACACGGCUGCACGCCUGCUCAAAUCCUGGAUCCUGAAAGCAAUGAACCAGGAAAGACUGUAAACUGUUACUCUCAGCCUCCAACCUGUUCAGCUGUGCUCUUCACUCCCUUAUACCUCCCAUACCGACAAUAAACCACUUUGCUGACCCAUCGGUACGGCUGCAUGACCGUGUCACUGAUACUACAAACCGACUUUAAAGAUUCCCUCAUGUCUUCAGUUUGAUUGUGAAGGUUGUGUUUGUGCGCAGCAACUUGGCAGAGUUCACAGUUUUGUCUGAGAAAUUCAGAUGUUAUUUUAAAGCAAAUGUUACACUAUGUAUAAGAGGUUCAGCUGUUAAUGAGGCAAAACUGUAACUCAGGUGUGUGUGAAGUUCCUGUCACCUGUAAAAAUACAUGUCCACAAAUAGUGGUGAAAAUUUGUGUUGAUCUAUCUGAAAUACAGAGUCCUAAACAUGUUUUUGUACCCAUCAGAAUAAACAUUGUCUUUAACAGGGAUUCCACAGGGAUGCAUAGUGACAAGCCAUUUAAAUCAAGUGAAAGAACCCAUGUUCUGGAUAUAUUCCCAGUUUAAUGGCUCUCUGUCAAAUAUUUAUACACUUUUUACAAGGGGUGCUAUUUUUUUUAGAACUUUUUUCUCAGCUUAGGUCAAAAGUUCUGCAUGGGUUACUUCCUAAAUCCACAAAUUCCAUAAGGAAGUCAAGAUUUGUGUAUUUUCAAAAAGUUCCAAUUCACAGAUUGUGAGUGUCUGCAUCUGUUCAUGGUUUUUUUUUUUUUUUUUAAAUUUCAGCAUAAAGCGGGACUGAAUUUUCUGGCCUGCUGAUGGCUCAUAUUUUUUAUUUUUCAUAUAGCCCUCAAGAACAUAGUUCAGUAAAGCUGAAUUGCAGGAUCCGAAGGUGGCCACACAAUUACGCUGUUCACAGUUAGAAGUGUAAUGUCUGACCAAAUUCUGUCAGUUCACCUCUAAGAUAAUUGCAUUUGUGAAAAACGCUUAUGAGGACAAGUUAUUAAAUAGAAAGGCAAUUAUACUGGAAACCCACUGUGCAACAUAUUACAUUCAUACAGGAAAUAAGGACAGGAGAUAACUGAUGGUGUUGAGACAAUGUCAUUUUGGCUAUCCAUCAUGUCAUUUCGCACAGGUAAUGCAGAAAACACGUGGCCUCAAAUGCACACACUGCCUAUUUUCGAUCAUGUUGACUCCCAUGGCUCUUAGAGAUGGUUUGCUUACCGGGUUGCUUCAGUUGCAUCGCAUCCCCAGUAUCGUCCUGUGUGCCACCUUGACCAUUGAUUGAGUCAAGAUUCGAGAAACACCAGAACUGCCCCGAGAGUCUUGCUUCCAGCAGAGCAUCAGUAUCUCUGUGUUUGCAUGUAUGACAAGGGAGCGUGAGAUUUGGCACUAUGGAUGGGGGCCCCUUUUCCCCAGGUCAUCAGAAUGAGAGGGCUUCCAUUGGAGAGAGCCAUCAUCGGCGGUCUGAUUGGCUGAAAAUAAUGGUGAGAAGCCUCAGAACAGCCAUCCUGAUGUUCAAGCGAUGAUGCAAACCGAAAGUGGCACAAGAGAUGUACGAGGGGUGCUGUGCUGAAGCCUGGGGAUCAAAACGGUAUCCCACAUACUGAAGCAAGACGUUCCCAAAUAAUCUGCAGAUGGGCCCAUGGCAUGUGUUUUAUACAGAUAUUUUAAUCUACAUUAGCAUUUUCAGUCAUUCCAUUUCCAGAAGAAUCCAGUCGUUAGUUGUGCAGGACGAAGGCGAGGUUUUGCGGUGUGUAGGACAGUGUUGUUGCCCGUGUUCAGUACUGUGCUACUGUUUUGUACCCCUGGGGUGGAAGCAGCUUUUGUACUCUAAGGUAAACUCAGUGAGCUUAAGCCCUGCUCACUGUUUGUCCAUGUUAGACUGUGGGAUCUGUAACUGUGUAAGGAAAAAUAAGAAUAUGUAAGGAGCAAAAGAGCACCUUUCGCAAAACCAGAGCAUCCUCUUUGAUAUCCCAGGUUCUCCUUCGAUGUACCUGUACAAACCCUUUCUGGGGAGUAUGUAGGCCUGUACGUGAUGUGAAAUUCCUCCAUAGAUGUGUGUGUUAAGAAAAAAGAAAAAGUAAAUUAUUUCAGUUGUCAAAGAUCAACAGUUGAGCCGUCUGUUGUACAUGGGCAGACUUUGGUUUUCAUUCUUUUUUAAGAAAUAAAAAUGAGCGCGUGGAAAACAAGUUUUCAAUAAGCUAUUUCUAAAUGUGGUUGAAGCAAUAGGAUUUUUGAAUUAUGAAUUGUGCAUGGCUGUGUCUUGACUGUAAUAUGGACAACAAACAACACUGCAGCUUGGGAACUGGUUUGAGAAAAACAAGGAGCAUUCAAAAUACUUUUCAAUAAAGUUACUUUUCAUUGCAAACUAUUUCAGUUCUGUCAUCACAGUAUUGUACAUAUUAAAAAUUAACUGAAAGUUACAUGUUACACAAUAAUCCAAAAAAAGGUUAAGUACCUUUUAUAAAGGCAGUAAAAUGACAUUUUACAUAAACAAACUGA